GUAUUAGAUGAUCAGAAUGCACCCGGGUUGGCCUUAGGACCGCAAGCAUUAUGUCAGUCCAAGCAAAAAGAUAAGCAUUAUGUCAGAUAAAGAUAAGGAACUCCCUUUUGAUUGUAAUGCAGCAGAAUGCUAAUAACUCAGGGCCCAACUCCACCAUCAGCAUUCCUUCAUAGAACCUCAAUAUAUCUUGGAGGAGUUAACUGCAAUAUCAACAGUUAUGCUUCUAGUAUCAUCAAAAGGAACCCUAGUACUAGCAGCAGCAGCAUCAGCAAGAAUCUUCUCAGCCGCUGUAAACUGGCACUAACCGGCUUGCUUGCAGCUGCUGCAGUGAUAUCUUCGGCAGCAGUGGGAGCAGCAGCAAUUGAGGCACCCCCACAACCGGAGACUCUAUCCAAUAUACCACAGACACUUUCGGGUGAGUGUGCAUCGCCUAAGGAUUGCAAGAGAGCCAGGAUACAAAGGCCUAAGUCAAGGAAAGCCGAGUCUUGUACUAUAAAGUGUGUCACCACUUGCAUCCGGGGUGGUGAAGGCUCCCCUGGUGAAGGUCCUCUUAAUGUCAGGAGACCUCUAGUUGUCUUCAAGCAAGGGUUUCGAAGCCGUCAAUACUGAUGGUUUUUUUGGAGUUUGCGGCAGUGUACUGUAGGAGCAGGACACAUGGGGUGACGUGGUUGAGGAGCUUUUCGCAUGAAGUAGCAAAUAAUUGCGAUUGUUCGGCUCUUGAACGCGUUCUCGCCACCAUUCCUGAGGCGAAGAGAAUGAUAAUGGGACAUACGAUCCAGGAGGUUGGGAUCAAUGGGGUUUGCAAUAACCAGGCAAUACGGAUUGAUGUGGGAAUGUCCAAGGGGUUGUAUUAACUGGUUGCCUGAGGUUUUGGAGAUCACUAGCAAUUCAAGGUUGUGGAUUCUGACUUCUAAUCCUCUGUAUCGCAACAAGUUACAAUAAAUCAA